GCGGUUUUACGUCCGAGUGGAUGUAGUUUACGGUUGUUCAGUUUCUGUUAUUUGGGGAAAAUUCGGAAAGACCGCAAGUUUUUGAAUGCAAGGUUGUCUCACGGUAUCACGCGAGUCGCAAUCAACCAACAAAAAAUUUGCGUUUGUAAAAUGUGGACGCAUGCGUCCUCAAAUCCUCAGUAUAGAAGCGAGAAUGGAAGAGGGUGCAGGUGAUGCUGUGACAGAGCUACUAAGUGGGGUAGAUUUCGAAAAUACCAAACACCAAAAGGUCAUUUCGAACGGAUACGGCCCCUACUCCGGAGGCUACGCAAAUGGAUAUACGUGCAUCAAUAAGAGGAACGUGUACAGAGGAUCCGAGCAGAAUGGACAUGUGCUGGCAUCGUCUGACGAGGAAUGCACCGCCAAAAACAUGAAGGGACCAAUAAAAAACGGUUAUGUAAAAACAACUUUAAAGGAACCGCUAAAAACCCGAAUAUUGAAAGAAUCCUUCGAACCACCGACUCUCCUCACAGCGGCUUUAACGCACAUUAGUUUCUAUAUUUUAAUGUUUCUCGGUUAUUUGAGCCAGGCCUUGUUUCCACCAAAGAUAGUCAAAGAGAAAAAUCGGGACGGUUAUCUCCCUCUGUUUGAUAGAUUUGCAAGUUUUUACUCGCGUUAUGUCUACCGAAGAAUAAGGGAUUGCUGGAACUACCCCAUUUGCAGCGUUCCGGGGAACGAAGUGGUUUUGAAAGACAGGGUCACGAACGACAACGGAUGGACCUUUGAGUUUACCGGCUCUAAAACCAAAUGCUUGAACUUGGCCUCGUACAAUUACCUCGGUUUUGCGGAAAAUUCCGGCCCUUGUGCCGAGUUUGCAAUUGACGCGAUUUACAAAUACGGGGUCACCACAGGUGGUACUAGACAACAGUACGGCACUUGUGAUUUGCACGUCGAAUUGGAAAAAUUAACUGCGGAGUUUUUGGGCGUCGAAGACGCAAUUACCUUCGGAAUGGGUUUUGCAACAAACGCCCUCAAUAUUCCGACGCUGUUAUCACCCGGUUGUCUCGUUAUCAGUGACGAGAAAAACCACGCUUCGCUCAUUUUGGGGAUUCGUUUACCGGGGGCCACUGUCAAAGUUUUCAAACAUAACGAUGUGAAGCAUCUGGAGCAAAUUUUGCGCGAGAGCAUCUACAAGGGCCAGCCGAGCCAAGAGGGGUACAAGCCGUGGAAGAAAAUUUUGAUCGUGGUCGAAGGUGUCUACAGUAUGGAGGGCACAAUCGUCCGUUUACCUGAAAUAAUAGCACUUAAAAAGAAGUACAAAGCUUAUUUAUACCUAGAUGAAGCGCAUAGCAUCGGUGCGAUGGGCAAGCACGGCCGAGGCAUCGUUGAUUAUUUCGGGUGCGACCCCAAAGAUAUAGAUAUUUUGAUGGGGACUUUCACCAAGAGUUUUGGCUCCGCUGGGGGCUACAUAGCCGGAACCAAAGAAUUGAUCGAUUUUUUGCGGAAGAAUAGUUUUGCUUCGAAAUACGCCUGGGCCAUGGCGCCACCUGUAGCCGCACAAAUUAUCGCAGUUUUGAAAAUACUGAUGGGACGGGAUGGUACUAAUGAGGGACAGAAAAGGAUCGAAACGCUGGCACGCAAUACGAGGUAUUUCAGGAGGAGGAUCGAACAGAUGGGGAUUAUUAUACACGGGAAUGAGGAUUCGCCGGUUGUUCCGAUCCUUGUCUACCUCUACUCGAAAAUUGCAGCUAUGGUCAGGACGCUGAUUAAGGAGAAAAUCGCAACGGUUGGUGUCGGAUAUCCGGCGACGCCGUUGAUGGAAGGCCGGAUAAGGAUCUGUCUGUCAGCCGCACACACCAAAGAACAGCUCGACUACGCCUUGGCUGUUAUCGAAAAAGUUGCAGAUGAGAUAGGGUUGAAAUAUUCGCGCAAGCCGAUUGAUCCAACACCUAUCGAUUAUGACAAAAUCAAGGUGUAUGUCGACUAAAUUUUAAAUCAAAUUCAUAGCUUAAUUACGUCUGCUUGUUAAAAAUUUUGAUACAUAGGCAAGAUAUUUUUUUAUUGAAUUUUUGAUGGUUGAAACUUUUAUAAACCUUUAUUACAGAUUAUACACAUUUCGCGUACAUUGUAUAUUACAAUGUCCGUAACAUACCCAGUCCAUAAUUUUACAUCGGAAUUUCGUUGUUUAACUUAAUGUAAUAGUCGUCUAGUUUUUGUUUGUAAAGUGUUUUAUUUAUUUUUUAUUUAUAGCGCAUGUUCAUUACACCGCUCUACUUGCAGAUGAAUUUCAGUAUUGACUAAAUUAAGGCACAAUUACAGUAUUAACGAAAUUUCUGCUUUUCAUAGAAUACAAGGACUUACAUAUCAUAGUUGCUUUAUAGUCUACUACACUAGAGAUAAUGCUUAACAAGCAAAAACGCUAGAAAUUCGUUUAAUUUUAUUUAGUUAUUUAUAUUGUGUCGUUUUGUCAAUUAUUUUAAGGAAAAAACGUUAAUCAUUCAUUCCCGUUAUUUUUACUGAAAUCCUACUUAUUUUUAUAUUUUAUUGCAGUCUCUAUUUUACCCGUUUUGUGUUUUCUACACCUUGCUGUUAUUGUUAAAGAUUAAAAUAAUAAAUCUUUACAUAAACA